AUGGCCGCUCUCAAUAAGCUCGCAAUCCGGGGCAUUCGCUCUUUCGACGACAAACAGAUAUCCGUCAUCGAAUUCUUUUCUCCAGUGACCGUCAUAGUCGGGCACAACGGUAGCGGCAAGACCACCAUCAUCGAAUGCCUCAAGUAUGCCACGACAGGUGACCAACCUCCCAACACGCGUGGCGGAGCGUUUGUUCAUGACCCGAAGAUGGCUAACGAGAAGGAGGUCAAGGCCCAAGUUAAGCUUCGGUUUCAUGCUGCGAAUGGAGCAAGGAUGCUCGUUGUGAGGAACCUAAGCGUGACUGUGAAGAAGACUGCCGGUUUGACCAUGAAGACGCUUGAAAGCAUCUUGGCUCUAGCAGAUGGAAACGCGGACAAAGGGGGGAAGCGAGGUGUUAUCUCUACCAAAUGCGCCGAAAUGGACACAGAGAUUCCUCAGCUUCUAGGCGUCUCGAAGGCUGUCCUCGAGAACGUCAUAUUUUGUCAUCAAGAAGAUUCCUAUUGGCCUCUUGCCGAACCUGCUGCUUUGAAGAAGAAAUUCGACGAUAUUUUUGAGGCCACGCGAUAUACUAAAGCUCUCGAUUCUAUCAAAACUUUGCGUAAGGACCGUAUGGCCGAGUUAAAAGCCGAAAAAGAGACUCUAGUAUCGCUUUCGCGAGAAAAGGCACAUUGCGACAAGCUCAAGGAUCGCAUUUCAUCCCUCAAGUCGACAAUUGGCGCCAAGGAAGUUGAGUGCGAGGAAAGUAAACGACAAUAUGACGCCCAGGUUGAAGCAAAUCGGAAAUUCGAUGAACUAUACGCUAAAUUCCGCGAAAUGUACCUCAAUGUGGAGAAAUUGGAAGAGAGCAAGAAGCUGACGCAGUCUACCCUUCGGGAGGUCCAGAUGAAAUGCGAGUUAGUUCCAGGUACCCUCGAAGAGUUGGAGUCCCGACAAAACCAAUUCCAAGAUAUCAUCAACUCCCAGAAAGAGAAAGGCGAAUUGGAACGGCGAAAACUCGAAGAUAUUCAAGAGGAAAUUGACAGUCUUCAAGUUCAGCAGAAGCGACUUUGGAACGAAGAAGGACGUCUUCGAGGCGAGGCAGAGGACCAAAAAAGGCGCAUCUCUUCUCGAGAACAGGCCAUUCACGAGAUCGGAGACACGUUUGGUAUCAAGGGCUUCAAUUACUCUCCUCUUGAGCGAGAUAAGGUCAUCGAGUUUUUGACAAGGUUAGAUGAUGUUCAGCAGAGGCGAAGGUCCGAGUUGGAAAAGCUUCAGAGCGAGCUCAAGUCGGAGAAUGAGGUUUAUCAAAACAAGCUUAGGGUGUUGGAUAAGGAACUCGAACGUCAGAAUCUGCAGAAACAAAACAUCAGAAGCCAAAUUGCUGAGCGACAGCAAAAGAUUCAUAGCGCCGAGCGACAACUCGAAGACUUGGAAGAUGUGCCUGUGUCUUUACGCAACACACGCGCGGAAAUGGAAGAGAAAAAGGAUCGCCUACAAAAACUGAAAUCCUCCAUCGCUGCUGCCAGGUACGAUACACGGUUGGCAGAUUUUGCUAAAAAGGCGCGGGGUUUGGAAGAACGGCGAGACGAACUGAACAUCGAACUCCAAUCGUUGACAUCGCAAGCGGAGUAUAGGGCAAGGUUGGAUCUUAAAAGAGGCGAAGUCAAGAACAAAACAUCGGAAGUCGAAAACAACAUGGACCUUAUCAACAAUAAACUGAAGUCGUUUAUCGGCCACGAGGUCAACAUCUCAACAGUCGAAGAGGACGCGGAACACCUUUAUCUUGAAAAGGACAGAGAACGGGCAAAGAUCGAAAACGAAUCCAGAGCAGCGAACGGAAAGCUGCAGAAGGCAGAUUUGGACCUAAGCCACUUGAACAACCAGCUCAAGCAAAAGAAGGCUGAGCUGAAAAAGUUGGAUGCCCAGCUGGAAGGCGAGUGGGAGAAAGAUACCACGCUUGACAAACACAUCGAAGCUACAGCUGUGGAGGUCGACCUCCGGAAGACGCAUAUCGCCACAAGCUCUGUGUACGCUAGCAUGCUCAAGGAGACCAAGAAAACGAAGGUUUGCUCCGCAUGUACUCGAAGUCUUACCAAUACGGAACUGGCCGUCUUCGAAAAGCAUAUACAAAAGACCAUCGAGAAAGCCUCGGAAGAGAAUAUUGACGUUUUAAUGGAGGAGCUCCCUGAUUGGGAGUCCGAGUUGGAUCGUCUUCAGAAACUUCGGCCUAUCAGCGCCGCACGAGAUGCCUUGACGGCGAAAGAAAUUCCUCAGUUGGAAGAGGAGAUUAAGCGGAAAGAAGCUGUCCAUCCGGAAAUUGGCCUAGAGGUCGAACAGAUUGGAGAGCGUCUCGAGGCUAUCAAUCGCCAAGUGAAGGACAUUCUCACGGUCAAACAACAAGCGAUCACCACUGUACUCCGGCUACAAAAGGAAAUCGACAAAGCAAGGCAGGAGGUAGAUCAACUCGAAACUAGCCUGGCAACAACUGGAUCUACGAAAACGGCCGAUGAGGUUCAGAAUGAGCUAAACGCCAUUCGCGAAGAGCUCCGAAAGAAUGACCGAGAGAGCAAAUCUCUGAGUAGCGAAGCCGAACGUCAGUCUAAUUUAAGCCACGAAUUGGAGAAAAGUCUACACCAGAUGGAGAAAGAGGAGCUUGGUCUAUUAAACAAGCUCAGGGACAAGGAGAGACUCGAGGAAGAAGCGGCCAAGAUGAAACAAGAGAUUAUGGAUUUGUCAGCCCAAUCCAAGGAUGUAGAGGCCAAUCUCGCUCGUGCUCGUGAACCCAGAGAAGCUCUUCAAACCCGAUUCGAACAGGUUCAACGAGAUCUUACCUCAAGGGUCAAUCAAGCUCAGCAGGUGUCGGAAGACCUCAACCGAAGUAUUGACAAGCUCAAUGACAUGAACAAGGCGAUAGAAAGAUAUGUUAAGGACAAGAAAGCUCGCGCUUUAGACGACUGUUCUUCGAAACUCAAGGAGUGUGACGAGCAAUUGAGCAACCUGCAAUCUCAGACCGAGUCUUGCAGACAAGUCAUAGCAAGUAUCGAUAAAGAGAUAAAUGAAAGCGGAGCAACCCUAUCGAAUCUUCGGGAUAACAUCAUUGUGCAGAAGCUGACCAUGGAGAUAUCGAAAAUACAAUCGGAGAUCAACUCUUACGACAUGGACGAAGCGGCCAAGGCCCGGAGAAACUACGAACAUAAAUACCGCCCUGCAAAGGAGAGAGAGGAGAAGUUAAACGAAGUGUACCAUCAACUCACAGGAGAGCUUGGGUCACUCAAAGCUCAGUUGAAGACUCUGGAGAGCGAUUUGAAGGAGUUCAAGGACGUGUACAAGAAAUACACGGACCAGCUCAUUCGGGUGAAGGUGUCAGACAUGGCCAAUAAUGACUUGGAGAAGUAUGCGAAGGCUCUUGAUAAUGCGAUUAUGAAGUACCACGGUCUCAAAAUGGAAGAAGUCAACGACACCAUGAAGCAUCUAUGGAACAAGACUUAUCAAGGCACUGAUAUCGAUGGCAUUAAAAUAGCGUCUGAUGUCGAAGGUGGUGCUUCGAAGCGGUCGUACAACUACAGAGUUGUCAUGACCAAAGACCAAGUGGAAAUGGACAUGCGUGGCCGAUGUUCUGCCGGACAGAAGAUGUUGGCGUCCAUUAUCAUCCGCCUAGCGUUGUCCGAUUCCUUUGGCCAGAAUUGCGGCAUUCUCGCGCUAGAUGAACCGACCAACGCCCUCGAUACCGAAAACAUUGACGCUCUAGCCGCUAGUUUGGUCGACAUCAUCAAUGAACGCAAGACACACUCCAACUUCCAAUUGGUUAUCAUCACUCAUGAUGAAAACUUUCUCCGAAAACUCGGUCAGGCAGAUGUGAUGGAGUAUUACUGGCGCGUGUCUCGAGACACGAGGCAGAAAUCUGUGAUCGAGCGACAACGCUUUAGAUAA